AUGGCGCCAGAACGGAUCCACCGCGCCCGGCGUGCCGCUGGUAACAGAGACGUCAGGGGAGCAGGAUGGCACCGAAGCGGCUACCGUGACGGAGGUCAGAUGUGGAUCAACGUGAACGAAGGCACAUAUACCAGAGGCAGAGAUGUUUGGGAGUGUCAGUCCUUGGCAGAUUUUGCCCACGAUUUGGAUGGUUGGUUCUUUCUUUUCCUCUCCUCUCCUCUCCUUUCCAUGGAGAAACUGGUCUUGGUCUUGCCGGGACAGUAUAAAUGCCGAUCAAUUACUAACGCUCCCUUCUUGGGGUCUCAUGUAGAACUUCCCGACGAGCGGCAAGAGGGAAUGUGGGUCGAUGUCUUCUUUCGAAAGAAAUCCCUUUUCGAUCUCGCGGAAGAGUAUCCUAACGACCUAGUGGAGAAUUGGUUUAAUGGAGGCGAGACAGUGUAUAGAAAGUAUUAUGAUCCCGAAGGUUUCGAACUGAAGAACACGGGAUUCAGGUACCAGCCCACAGCAAAGCGAGCACAUCGGCUACGCAGCCCGCCGUUUGACCCCCACGUCGCCCAGAGACCACAGCCAAGGACGGGUCAACAACAGGCGGCAGGCGUACGUGCACCAGCUCGAGAUCCGGCGGCCGGGGGGAUGAGCCUGGCGGAUUGUAUGCUCGGCGCGUUUAGCGAGCUUGCAAGGUGCCGGCGGAUGACGCCCGCGCAGUGGCGAGCCCACAGUCAAGCGGAAGACGACCGCAUCCAGGCUAUUGCCGAUGGCAUCAUGGAGGAGCAUCAGCUGCGCCGGCAAGGCGAGGCCGAGGCCGCCGCGCGUGCCACUGUACAGCGUCAGCGAGCAGCUCCUCGUGCCGAGGGCGGCGUAACCCGGGCCCGGCUGCACCAGCUAGAGCGCCGGCGCGCUCGCGCCGUGGGCCGUACGCCACAGGAAAUCGAAGAACUCGAAGCAGCACUCGACGCUAGGCGCAGGCGCCGACUACUGACUCGCUGA